CGAUGUUAUAUCGUAUAAAAUUAAUAUCGUAUUGAAUAUUAAAUUAGAAAGAAUUAUUUUAUUUUGAGGUUAAGGAAAUAAAGAAGAUGAGUGUUGGAAACAAAUUGAGUCAAAGAUUGCUAUUGUCAUAUUGUUCAUUUACUUGCAUUUACUUUCCUGGAAUUCUGAUAUUACUUAGCUUAAAUAAUAAUUUAUAUAAUGUGGGAAAAUACAAAUUUAUUCCAGUAUUAUUAAUUUUGCUUUUCGCAGAAAUAAUCAAAUUGAUGUUUCCUAUAUUUCAUUCUGAAUCAAUACUUAUAACAAAAACUGAAUCAAGAAUAUCUUCAAAAGCUAAAAAAAUUUGGUAUAAAUAUUUGAAAGAAAUCUUUAAAUUUUUAUUGGCUGGUUUUCUUCUAUCUAUUGUAUAUUACAUUGUUAUUAUAUUGUUUGGUGCCCCAGUAUUUAUGCACCAUGAAGAAACUACUAUGCUUACUAUGACACUGACUACUCUUACAUUUGUUCCUGCAAGUUUACAUUUAGGAGUAGAUGGAGCAUUAGAAAUAUUAACAGGAGCACAGUCACAAAAAGGCAAUGUUCUAGUUGAUGCUAUAAAAACAAAUAUACAAGGUACUCUUUUGGGUACAUGGUUAGGAGCUAUUGUAAUUCCAUUAGAUUGGGAUCGACCAUGGCAAGCUUGGCCAAUUCCAUGUGUUUUAGGUGCUCUUUUUGGCUAUACAAUUGCACAUUUUAUUACUCUUGUAAAAAUAUUAUUUAUAUUAAGAUUAAAUAAAAAAGUUCACAGAUAAAUAUUAAUAAUUAUAUAAACAAAUAAAAUUUGAUAAUAUGAAUUUCAGUUAAUAUUUUAUUUA